AUGGAUGAUAUUUCAAUGUCUAAUAUUUUAAAACCAAUUGAUGAAGAAGAAAGAAUACAUCUACAAAACAAAUUGAAUGAACAAAGAUUAGAGCUAGAAGAAAAGAAAAAAUAUUUAGAAGAAUUAAAAAAACUAAAUGAAAAAGCAGAAGAUAUAUCAGAAUUGCAAAAUAAUGAUUAUCCAGAUCCUGAUAAAAUUCUUGAAAACUUUUUAGAAUCUUUAGAAAAAGAUGAACACGAAAUAGAAGAAUUACAAGAACAACGAAAAAAUACAGAUAUAAAAUACUUAGAUAAGCAUUUAAUAAGUAGUAAUAUAUCAAAUGAUAAAUUUUACAAUAAGCAUAAUUCUUUAGAAGAACAUAUGGAACAAUCGUUUAUUUUUAAAAAAAAAGCAUCUGUAAAAAAUUUUAAUUUUAAAAUUAACAAAUUAAAUGAAGCAAAAGUCAUAAAUGUUGAACAAAAAAAUAUAAAGAAAUUUAAUAAAUCAAUUCAAGUUAACAUAAUUGAUGAAAAAAUUACUACUUUUGAAAAGAAAAAAGAAGAGAUAACUACAUUAUUAUUACAUGAAAAUUAUCCAAUAUAUAUAAAUAAAGAAGAAAAAUUAAAUAAUAAUAAUAAUAAUAAUAAUGAUAAUAAUAAUAAUAAUAGUAAUAUAGUAAAUGAUAAAAAAAACGUUAUAUUAAAAUCAAAAAAAAAAGAAAAAAAGGUAAUGAAAAAAGUGGACCAACAAAAAAAAGACAAGAAAAAAGAAGAAGAAGAAGAAGAAAAAGAAGAAGAAAAAGAAGAAGAAAAAGAAGAAGAAAAAGAAGAAGAAAAAGAAGAAGAAGAUGAGGAUAAGGAUGAAGAAGAAAUAAAUAAUGAUAAAAAAGAUAAAACAAGUAAAACUAUAAGUAAAUUAAAAAUAUCAAAAAAAAAGUCUUUAGAUGAAGAGAAAAAGAAAAAUAUAUUAAAGAGUAAUAAUUUCAUAAAAUUUAUUGAAAAUACUUCAAAAAUAAUUGAAAGAACUUUAGGAGAACAAGAAAUGUUUAAUACUAUGUUUGACUUUGUAGCAAAAGAUUUAUCAGAUGAAUCAGAAAGUUUAGAAAAAUUAAAAUUAUUAAAUACUUAUUAUUGUAAAAAAUAUACAGGUGCAAGACCUAUAACAGAUAUUAAAACCUCUAAUGUAUAUAGUGAAUUAUUUUUAGCUUCUUAUGGAGCAUCAGAAACAGCUAGUUAUACAGAUCCUGAUGGAUAUGUUUUAGUGUGGAAUACAACUAUGAACAAUAGGCCAGAGUAUGUAUUUACCUCACAACCAGCUGUAUGUACAGCUUUAUUUAAUAAAUUUAAUCCUCAUUUAAUAAUAGGGGGUACUUAUACAGGUAAUAUUGUUUUAUGGGAUAUUCGAGCUAGAGAAAAACCAGUACAAAAAACCUUACUUUCAUCAAAUGGACAUUUACAUCCAAUUUACUGUGCAGAAAUUAUAGGAACACAAAAUGCACACAAUCUUGUAACUGUUGAUACAGAUGGGAGAUUAUGUAAUUGGUCGUUAAAUAUGCUUACAUGUCCAUCAGAUACAGUUGAUUUAAAAAGAGGAAACAGAGAAGUGUCAUGUUGUUGUUUUUCAUUUCAAGAAGGAGAAAUAAAUACUUUAUAUGGUGGUGCGGAAGAUGGUUCUUUAUUUCAAGCACAAAUACACGGAACAAAAGUGGGAAUAACAGAAUUUUAUAAUAUUCAUCAUGGACAAUUAACAGCUACUCAAUUUCAUCCAUUAAUUGAAGGAACCAAUGAUCAUAAUGACCUUAUAUUAACAGCUUCAGUAGAUUGGACAUGUAAUUUAUUAAGUAUAAAAGAUCCAGCAAAUCCAUUAUUUACCUUUGAUUCAUUUGAAGACUAUUUAAUGGAUAUUAAAUGGCAUCCUGUACAUCCAGGAAUUUUUGCAACAUGUAGUAGCAAUGGAAAAAUAAAAUUGUGGAAUAUUUCUUAUGAUUUUGAAUCUCCUUACUUUGAAACUAGCAUUAAUGAAAAAUCUACAAAUAAAAUAUCAUGGUCAUAUGAAGGAAAAAAAUUAAUAGCUGGAGAUUCAGAUGGCUAUUUAACCCUGUGGAAUACCUCAAGUGAAUUAUAUCAACCAAGAUCAGAAGAUAUCACUAAAUUUGAAAAUAAAAUCACAAAAAUGAAAUCAGAUAGAAUUGCAACCAAUAUUAUAGAAACUGAAAUUUAA